CUAUACAAGCGUUCAAACCAAGAGUAUCCCAAUGACCCAAACCCUAGAGCUACAGCUUAGUCCUUUGUUCACAUUUCACCAUUUCUUCGUAUUUGCAAGGCAUCCGUUGAGAGACGUUGUUGCAUUUCCUAACAAAUAUGGCCAGUGAAUGGGCACAAUCACAGCGUGAGGGCUGGCUAUGCCAGCUCUACGGGAAGGACAGCGUUGAUGACACGCGGAGUUUACCAAGCGACUCCGUGCAAUCAAAACUUGUCACGAUACUGGAAAAGUUGCUUUCAAAUCAGACUACACCCAAGGAUGCAGCCACCGAAACAGCUUCCCUUAUCCUGUCUCAAGAAGAUACUGAGACUCUUUGGAACAAUCUGUGGGGUCUCUACCUCAACGCGGCUGAGACGUUUGGAGAGGAGCAAGAAUUGGGCGCACUAGUGGACUAUAUCGUGGAGCUGGCAAGCGUUCCCGACGCCAGUGGUCUACCAGAGUUCUCCAUGAAUGUGACCGAGAGUUGUCAAGGCCCCGAAAGAUACCUAGCAAACCUUAGCUCACCAGCAACACCUGAUGCCGCAAAAACGGCAUGGAAGAACAUCAACACCUUUUCAGCUCUCCUGGCUAAGAACCAAAAUGCCCAGAAGAUACCAGUUCUCGCGGGAUGGGCGCGACUUGGGGUCCUGACUUUGGUCUUAGCACUGGAGCAGUCACCUAGCACACGUCAGGGACAAAACGUUGAGCUACACGCGCCUGCAGCAGCGCAGUGGUUCCGCAUUUCACGGGAAGAAAUUGAAAAGCUCUGCAACAAUGGAACAGAUCGCUUCACACCCGGGGAUCUUUGGGCGAAUAGGGGAGGUGGUGAGGAAUGCGACAACACAAGGCUGCAGUUCUGGAGAAGUAGGAUGGGGGAGCUGGGGUACUGAU